ACCCCGAAUUCUAACCUAAAAUUAUUAAACAAUGUAAAAUUUUUUUUUCUGUUCACCUACUUGUAGUUUUCUAUUCAUGGAUGAUAAUUUUAUAUUUUAGUUAUUAUUUUGCUAUUCUUAUUUCUCACUAAGGGACAAUGAAGUUUGUUUUUUCCCUUUACGUGUUAUUCAUAUUAAGAUAUGUUUCAUCCAUCUCUUUACCUGAUAUUUUAGAACAUUUUAAAUACAAAGAUUGUAUCCCAGGCUCCCUUUUAACCAUAACUGAAGAGACCGAAGACUUAACUAUGAAAGGUGUUCCUGAAUCCGGCAAAAGUUAUAUUGAGCUUUAUAAUGUUGGCCAUUCUGAAACUGAACAAUCUGCCAUGAGCUCAAUAAAUGAACUUGCUCAGUACAACUCAAUCACUUACUCCUAUGAACUUAUUAAAGAGGAGGGACCUCCUCACAGUAAAAUGUUCACAGUAACCUUGUACUUGGGUGAUGAACAAUAUUCAGCUGAGAAUAGCAGCCUAAAGAAAGCACAACAGGAUGCUGCCUUAAUCGCUUUAAGAAAUACGCAAUAUGAGCAUCCUCCAGUGAAAAUAAAAGAAAAUGAAAAGUCUCCAACUCCUACAGUUUUACUUAAUAAUUUAGCAUCUAAACUGGGGCUGAAAGUUACUUAUACUGUAGUCACAGACGUUCUCUUGGAAAACCUAAAUAGGCAAAAACAGGUUGAUGUGAAGCCAAUAAAGUCGUAUCUUCAAAAACUAAAUGACACAAUACAUUCAAAUGACACCAUCCAUAUAAGGAAAGAUGGAUCUGAUUCUAAGGGACCAUUUACAGUAAGAGUUGAUGUUAAUGGUGAGAAAUUUUUUGGUGAAGCCCACACCAUUAAAAAUGCCAGGCAUGAAGCAGCUGUGAAAGCUCUUCAGAGUCUAAAGGAAAACCAACAGAACUUUAAGUGUCUUAAGGAAGAUGACAACUGUAAAUCCAAAAAACAAUCAAUAAAAUCUCCAAUUUCACAAGUCCACGAAGCCGCACAAAGAAGAAACUUGGUUGCCACAUUUGAGGUAAUCGAUGAGGAAGGUCCCUCUCAUAAGAAAACUUUUACAACUAAGUGCACUGCUGGAAGUAUUGAAGCAAUUGGUACGGGCACGUCUAAGAAAAAGUCGAAACAAGCUGCUGCUGAGAAUAUUUUGCCUCAACUAAUGGAGGUACCGGAGGCGCCAGCCGGCUCCUAUAGUCAUUCAGAGCAUACUAAAAAGAAAUCAAAGAAAAAUAAGAGAAAUAAAGUUAUAAAAACUACUCUGGAUAAGAUAGACAGAAUGUUCGAUGAGGCGGUUGAUUUUGGAAAGGGACUAAUUGAUAAAAUUCGAGGUAGUGCUGGGGAUAAUGAGGAUUCCACAAACCCUAAAAAAAAUAAUAAACAGCAAAAAAUGCUGCACAGAUCUGCUACAGAUGAAAUUGUACAACUCGGGAAUAUAUUAAGCGUGGACGUUCAAUAUACUGACUUUGAAAAUGGGGGCAAAGUAUAUGCUGUACUGGAAAUGGGUACAAAACCAUCAUUUAUGUGCUUGGGAGAAGGUAUAAACCAAAAGAACUCCAGAGAUUUGGCUUCACGUUAUGGGAUUAAAACUUUAUACAAUUUAGGAUUGUUAGAUGGUUUACUUGAUAAAACUAUGACUAUAAGUAAUGUUUUGGACAAAGAAGAGGAAUUUCAAAAAUUCUGGCUGGAGGAACAGAUGGAAAACAGCGAGAAGGAAUAAUUUUAAUCAAGUUUAUUUAAAAAUUAUGUAUUUAUUUUUGACCUUAAAUGGUAUAUAUUUUGUACUUUAUACGUA